AUGGGGGUAACCCAUAAUUAUGAGUCCAGACACGGCCCCAGGACUGUCUCUCUCAUUCCAGCUGCUCCCAGACUCUCCAUCCCCCGGCGAUCGGCCAGGACAGACACAGAGACCUCCUUCCCCUGCCACGUGUGGGGAUUCUACCCCGGGGACGUCACCGUCACGUGGCUGAGAGACGGGCGGGUUCUGACUGACGUCACCCGCUCUGCCCCCCAGAGGAACCCGGACGGGACCUUUAACCUCACCCUGACCUAUACCUUCACCCCCAGCGUGAGCGACUCCGGCAGCAUCUUCUCCUGCCACGUCAGCCACGCGGCUCUGGCCCAGCCCCUGCGGGAGGAGUUCCCCCUGGAUGUCACAGGAGCGGAUCACACCAGCGCCGCGAUCGGGGCGACCCUGGGGAUCCUGGUCACAGGGGGAGCUGCGGCUGCAUUAGCCAUUUACUGCUGGAGACGGAGGAGGAGGCCGGAAGGUAACAGGGGGCGGUGCCAUGGGCCAGACGACGGGGCGCGGGUCAGGUGCAGCUUCCACCACGAGGCCUGCGGGAUCCGAGAGCAGCGAGAGUCCGGGGAGAUCCGGCCGUGGGCCCGGCCGCAGGUGUCCGGGAUCCAGGUGUUACCGCACUGGGAGCCCCGGGACGAGGUGCCAUUUGCCGUCCAGAUCCAGAACUUUUACCCCAGGGAGAUUCACCGGAUCCAGUGGAGCUGGGACAGGGCAGAGAGCGGGAGAGACGAGACCCCAGAAAUCAGCCAGAACCCGGAUCUCACGUUCAGUGCUACCAGCGUCUGGAGAAUCCCCAGUGACCAAAUCACCCGUCCGGAAUUUAUAGUCACCGUGUCCGUUCAGCAAAGCCCCCGAGAGCCCCCGAUCGAGAGAGAGAUCAGAGCCAGGGACACAGGUCUCCUGCGGCCCCCGGAGGUGUCGGAAAUCUCCCAACCCCAGUCAGUGACGGCGGGGGAGGAAAUCACCCUGAGCUGCCGCAUGAUGGGGCAUUUCCCCAGGGCGCUGAGUGUGACCUGGCUCAGGAGGGGUCGGGGGGCCGGGGCUGCUGUUCCCCUGCAGGGCUCUGCCGAGUACAGAAUUGAGCCCGGAGCUCCCCGCACACAGGACGGGAAAAGCUUCCAGCAGGAGACGAGACUCAGCUUCACCCCCUCGGUGCAGAGAGACCAGGGGGCAGAGUACGUCUGCCGAGUGGGACACAUCGCCCUACAGACCCCCCUGGAGAGACGCAGCCGGGAGCUGCAGGUGACAGCCCAUGCACAGGUGUCCGGGAUCCAGGUGUUACCGCACUGGGAGCCCCCGGAGGAGGUGCCGUUUGCCGUCCAGAUCCAGAACUUUUACCCCAGGGGGAUUCACGGGAUCCAGUGGCGCUGUGACAGGGCACAGAGCGGGAGAGACGAGACACCGGAAAUCAGUGAGAACCAGGAUCUCACGUUCAGCGCUACCAGCGUCUGGAGAAUCCCCAGCCAGAGCCUGAACCGUCCAGAGCGCAACAUCCUAGUGUUCGUUCAGCAACGCCCCGAAGGGCCUUCGAUCAAGAGAGAGAUCAGAGCUGGGGACACAGGUCUCCUGCGGCCCCCGGAGGUGUCGGAAAUCUCCCAACCCCAGUCAGUGACAGCGGGGGAGGAAAUCACCCUGAGCUGCCGCAUGACGGGGCAUUUCCCCGAGGCGCUGAGUGUGACCUGGCUCAGGAGGGGCCGGGGGGCCGGGGCUGCUGUUCCCCUGCAGGGCUCUGCCGAGUACAGAAUCGAGCCCGGAGCUCCCCGCACACAGGACGGGAAAAGCUUCCAGCAGGAGACGAGACUCAGCUUCACCCCCUCGGUGCAGAGAGACCAGGGGGCCGAGUACGUCUGCCGGGUGGGACACGUCGCCCUACAGACCCCCCUGGAGAGACGCAGCCGGGAGCUGCAGGUGACAGGUGAGCCAGCCCUGCUGGAUUUAUCGUCUUGCCCAGUUCACGUUACCUGG